AUGAUUUUCCCUAUCUUCUUCACAUUUUUUCUCCUCCUCUCCUCUUCCCAUGCCUCUGUGCAAGACUUCUGUGUUGCAGACUACAAAGCUCCUGAUGGCCCUGCAGGCUACUCUUGCAAAAAGCCCGCAAAAGUUACCGUCAAUGAUUUUGUGUACUCAGGCCUAGGCAUUGCUGGUAACACCACAAAUAUCAUCAAAGCAGCAGUCACCCCUGCAUUUGCUGCCCAAUUUCCUGGUUUGAAUGGCCUUGGCAUUUCACUGGCUCGUUUAGACCUGGCUCCGGGUGGAGUUAUCCCCUUUCACACUCACCCCGGAGCUUCAGAACUCUUACUUGUUGUCCAAGGGACAAUAAUUGCCGGGUUUGUUGCCUCAGAUAACACACCUUAUCUGAAAACUCUUAAGAAGGGUGACAUUAUGGUGUUCCCUCAAGGACUAUUGCACUUCCAAGUGAAUGGAGGUGGCACUCCGGCCCUUGCAUUUCCUAGCUUCAGCAGUCCAAGCCCUGGUCUGCAGAUUCUGGACUUUGCACUCUUCAAAAAUGCCUUAGCUACUGAAUUGAUAGCGCAGACUACUUUCCUUGAUGCUGAUCAGAUAAAGAAGCUUAAGGGUGUUCUUGGUGGCACUAAUUAA